AUGGAUCCAAACGGCACGGACUCGACUUUGUCUGUCAAAAAAGAGUAUGAAAAAGGCGUACAUCUCUUGAGACAAGCGCUUGACGUCUACGACAGCGGUAAUAAGGUUCGGCCCCGAUAUCACACGAGGAAUAUCCACAGAAACAAUCCAAUCGCUCAUAAACCAAAGGAUCCCACAAUCAGUCAACCGGCACCUAAAGAGUACAAAUGUGGUGAUUGCGGGAAAGUGUAUAAGACUUCUCAUGGCCUCAAACAUCACCGAAACACUCAUCACUCAAACAUGUUAACCAAAACUCAAGCGCAGACACAAACGCAGGGUCAAUUGUCAACUCAAUUAUCACCGACAGUUCAAACGCAAACCACUCAGACUUCGAGUUCAGUACAAACGACGACCACUUUG